UUACACUUACCUCACCCUCACCCAAACAGAGCGGGUUGUAACUUGCCGAGUUCUAUUCGUGGGAGGGAAGUAACCAAACGAAAGCCAAAAGGUACAAAAAGAAACAGGGAAAGAGAGAUCCGCAAAGAAUAAGAAAAUGGCAAGUGCGGUCUCUGAAUCUGAAGUGGCGUACAUUUCAGGGCUUCUUUCAUGUUCCUGCAUUAUCCCGCUGCACCAUUUAUACCUCUCUUCUCUUUUCGGUUUCGUCUUGUCAAUCCAAUCCAUUCCAACCCUCUCAAUCUGCUUGCAAUGGCAAUGCAGCCCCAACAACAGGAAACUGAUGUAUUGGAAGUAAACAAACGACUGCUUCGGGAACUUGAAGACAUGGGAUUCACAAUUGGUCGAGCAGCACGCGCACUUCAUCAUUCAGGCAAUGCUAGCCUUGAGGAUGCCAUAAAUUGGAUUGUUGAUCAUGAGGAUGACCCAGAUAUUGAUCAAGUGCCCUUGAUAGCAGUGAACAUAGAUAUUGAGUCUCAACCAUUUCAAACUACAGAGGAAAUACAGAAUAAGGUGCAAGAGUUAAGGGAUCAAGCUCGCAAGAGGAAUGAAGAAGAAGAAAAGAAACUAGAAAGGGAAAAGGAGAAGGAAAGGAUUCGAGCUGGUAAGGAAAUCCUUGAGGCAAAGAGAACUGCUGAAGAGAAUGAAAGAAAACGUUAUUUAGCAUUGAGGAAAGCAGAAAAAGAGGAAGAGAAAAGGGCAAGGGAGAAAGUUCGUCAGAAACUAGAAGCUGACAAGGCGGAAAGAAGAAGAAUGCUUGGAUUGCCACCAUCUGUUAGACAUGAGGCUAUAAAUCCUUCCAGAGAUGUUGUGCAGGAAAAAAAGAACUUUUCUCUUUCUGCUACAAGGGCUGAGCAAUUAAGAGAAUGUUUAAGGUCUCUCAGGCGCAAUCACAAGGAUGAUGAUGCUGCAGUCAAAAGGGCCUUUCAAACCCUUUUGAUUUAUGUGGGGAAUGUUGCAAAGAAUCCUGAUGUGGAAAAAUUCAGGAAGAUCCGAAUCAGUAAUCCAUUAUUCCAGGAUAGAGUUGGAAGAUUGAAAGGAGGUAUUGAGUUUCUUGAACUUUGUGGAUUUGAGAGAAUUGAAGGGGGCAAAUAUUUAUUCCUUCCUCAUGACAAAGUGGACGUGGCACUAUUAAACUCAGCGGGGUCUGAAAUAAGGUCUGCGAUAACAAAUCCCUUCUAUGGUCUUCUCUCCUAUGGGUAAGAGAAUUGUUGCUGUGGUAGGUCCACUGACCAGAUUCUUCAAAUUAGGAGGCAAACUUAGCGACCAAUGUCUAUUAUGUUCAUUGUUGUUGUGUGCUGGGUUCCCUGUUAUAUAAUAAUACUACUACGUUCUUAAAUAUUUUGGAAAUGAAUGUCCAUUAUUAUUUUAAUUUCCAUACUUUUUCAGCUAA